AUGUCGUCUCAGCUCGCCCUCGAAAUCCUCACCCUGUCUGCGGGGUUGAGCCAGUUCUCGAAUUUCCAGCUUUUGAAUCUAGGUCAGCAGAAUAGUUUGGUGGCGCUUGCUCCGGAACUCGUCCAAUUCAUCGGCGGAUGUGGCGCUUGCGAUAACCAACUCGCUUCUCUCUUUGCCUCCAACUUGAACCUCAACGGCCUUAACCUCAAUCUUGGACAAUGCAAUGACUGUCUCCAGCAACUGGUCGACCUCCAAGGCCUCUUCGUAAGCGGUCUCGACCUCGGAAACAACACCAACAACGCCAACGAGACCGAAAACGCAAACCAAGAUGAGAACUUGAACGAGGAGGAACAGGCAAAGGCUGAUGAGGAGGCAAAGUUGGCUGAAGAAGAAGCCGCCAAACAAGCCGAAGAAGACGCCGCCGCCGCCGGAAACAAAACCGCCAACGCCAAGGAAGGCGAGAACGCCAACCAAGACGAGAACCUGAAUGAAGAGGAACAAGCAAAGGCCGACGAGGAGGCAAAGCUCGCUGAAGAAGAAGCCGCCAAGCAAGCCGAAGGCGAAGACGCGGCAGCCAACGAAGAGGACGCCGCCGCUUCAGGAGAAGGAGAAGGAGAAGGAGAGAAGAAAGCAAGUGCGGGCCGUAAGGCUAGCGAGAAGAUGAAGAUGAAGAUGAAGAAGAGUACGAUUGUGCAGAGGAGUGCGGCGGGGAAGAGGGUCCCUGGUAUGGGGAAGAUGAAGGUUGUGGGGAGUGUGGGGUUUGCUGCUGUUAUGGGGGCUUUGGUUUGGGGGCUGUAAGGGUUGGGAAACGGAAGGGUGGGUGUGUGAGUGGUGGAUAGAUAGGGAUGGAGAUGGAGAUGAAUAUUGUAUAAGAUAGUUUGUGGUUGGGGAUUGGGAUUUGGAGGAGGAGUUAUUAGAGAAGAGUGAAGUGUACAGAUGAACAGGGGGAGGGAGAAGGAGAUCUUGAUGAGAUUCAGUAGAUACGUAUUGAUUACCUCUGUCUACAAUCUAAAGCCUAAUUUUGAAU